AUGAAAGUCCUGAUUCUCGGGCUUCCUAGGACAGGAACCCAAUGUCUCGCCGCAGCUCUCGCCGACGCGCUGAUCCAGCUCGGCAUCAGCCCCGUCUACCACAUGCGCGAAGUCGGGGUCGACUACCACCAGGAGUUCUGGAUCCGCGCCAUCGAGGACCACAUCCCGGCUUUCUCCCCGACGGAGCAGAAGAAGAUCACCACCACCCCCUGGACCCGCGAGCAGUGGGACAUCAUCCUCGCGCCCUACGAAGCCGUCUCCGACUUCCCGCCCGCGCUCUUCCCCACGGCACUGGAGGCCGCGUACCCCGCCUGCCCCAUCAUCCUCUCCACGCGCUCGUUGGAGUCCUGGGCGGCGUCGAUGCGCGACACGCUGAUCCACGGGUUCGUCAACCGCGACCGGGAGAAGAGGAGUCCCAUGGAGGGGUUGGCGGCGGCGUACCACUCGGCCUGCUGGGGGGACGACUUUGAGAGAACGGGAGGGGGUAUUGGGAGCGGCACCACGCGGAGGUGA